AUGCCCCGCGUUCGAGGUCGUCGGCCUCCAAGGAAGGAGGUCUACUGGUGGUCCCAGGAGCUGGCGGACCUCCGUGCGGCCUGUACACGUGCCCGGAGGUCCUACACACGCAGUCGGCGGCGUCACCGUGGAGACGGUGAGGAGGACCGGCUUCAUGAGGAGUACCGACGGGCUCGGAAAACUCUGAAGCUGGCCAUUAGCCGCGCCAAAGAGGAAAAGAGACAGGAGAUGCUGGAGGGUCUUAAUCGUGACCCCUGGGGUCGCCCUUACCGCGCGGUGCGACAAAAGCUCCGCGCGUCGGGCCCCCCCCUUACGGAGACUCUCCAGCCCAGCUUCCUGCGAGAAGUGGUUGAGGGCCUUUUCCCACAACGGGCGGAACACACUCCCCCGUCGAUGGCCUCCUUGGCCGGAGACGACGGGGAGCACGGGGAGGAUAAUGUUCCGCCCGUCCGGGAAUCGGAGGUAGGGGCGGCUGUUCUACGGAUCCGUUCCAAGAACACCGCCCCUGGGCCAGACGGGGUACCGGCCCGAGUGCUGGCCCUGGCCCUCAACCACAUGGCAGACCGCCUCGGGGAGGUGUUCGACGCUAGCUUGGCGUCGGGACGCUUCCCUGAGUGCUGGAAGAGCGGGAAGCUGGUCCUAUUAAGGAAGCCGGGACGGCCUGCCGAUUCGGUCGCGGCCUAUAGGCCCAUCGUGCUGCUGGACGAGGCGGGCAAAUUGUUUGAGAGGGUUCUUUCUGCCCGCAUCGUCCGGCACCUUUGCGAGGUGGGCCCCGAUCUGUCGGACGCCCAAUUUGGUUUUCGGGCGGGGCGUUCGACGGUCGACGCCGUGUUGCGCCUGAGGGCCGUGACCGAAGAGGCCGUGAGCUGUGGCGGCGUGCUGUUGGCGGUGUCAUUGGACAUCGCCCAACGCAUUCAAUAG